ACUAAAACAAAACAAUAUGAAACAAUACAACAAAGGCAAAGGCACACAAUAACACAAAACACAGGAAGAAAAUAACAUAAAAAAAAGUAAAGUGAAACUUCAUUAUUUUUUCCCUUCACCUUCUCUUGGAGUAACAAAAAAGAUGAACGUCGACUCUACAUCAUCAAAGGGGAAGAAAUUAGUCAAUCGUAGUGCAACGGAUGAUGAGAAACAAACCAAUGUGCUACCUAAGGGCAUACAAUGGAACUUUCAUGUCACUUCUGACAUGCAACUAGAUCUCGUUGAAGCACAAAUCAUUGCUUAUGUGUAUCAUCCUAAUAAAGAUAAAGAAGAACCGUUGGUGAGUUCCAACGGAAUUAUAGGAUAUAGGUCAGAUUUUGACACACUUGCUCCAGGAAUGAUUAUCAACGAUAAGAUCAUGACAUUGAUUUGUAGAAGAUCCACAUGGAUUCAAAACAACUAUAACAGAGGAGCUGUGUGGUAUUUACCACCAUCAUUUGCGGAGGAUGUUUUUUCAGGAAUGUCAACUUUCAAAUUAAUUGAUCGUUACUUUCGCAAUUGGAUGGAACCAAAUUCAAAUUUAAAAUAUAUAUACGUUCCUAUCAAAACAGAAACUGGUCAUUGGUUUCUGAUGGUGAUAUCUUUGGAACUUCAAAUUAAAUAUCAUCUAGAUUCUUUUUGUCGAAUGGAAGAUAUUGAAUGUAGAAGUACAACUAUGAGUAUUUUGAGCAAUAGCUUGAAUCGAAUGGUUCGCUUUCCUUAUUACGGAACCACUUUUGAUGGACGCUCUAUUGAUUUUCUUGGGUGGCCAUUGGAGCAAGCUAAAGGCAUACCAAAUUGCGGCCAUAGUGACAAUGCCGCUGCCUGGUUGAUUGAGUGGAUUGAUAUGGGCGAAUGUUUCACAUCCAAUAUUCAAGGAGAGUUGCUUGAGAACAACAUCCGCAUCAGAACAGCUACUAGAUUGCUACUUGAAAUGUACAAUGAACUGAAGACCACUAUUGAAGUUGAAGCAAAAGAAAAUUGGCGACUCAUUAAUUCUUGAAUGGAUGGUUUGUUGAAAAAUUUUGUGUCUAUUUUGAAACCAAAAUCAUUUGGAAACUACUACAUUAUUUUUUGGCUAAGCCCUUUAUCUAUAUUGGCUUAUUUUCUUGUUUGUAUUUGACUUUGACUAGGUAACCAAGUCUUUUCAACCUUAUUAUAAUAUGUUUUAG